UUGUAGAACAUUCUUUUAGCCUCUAGUUAAAAUUGGCGGGUUUUUACGUCACUUCCGUUAAACUGGACCUCUCCUCACCCGCGACGUCAUCAGAUGAAAUCAAACAUGGCCGACAGACGGUGGUGGUUAUAAAAGUUAGCGACGGCGAGGAGAAAAAAGUGCCGUGCAGUUCCUUUUUGAGUUAGCAUUUGUUAGCUGCUAAGCUAAUUUUGUCACCAGUUGGCUUUGUGGACUGUUUGGAGGAGCAAAACAAAGACGAAAUGGACGUAAAGCGACCUCACGGCGCACCCCAGACGAGCAGCAGCAGCAGCGGAGAGUCGAGCUGCGGCAGCCCCGGAUCCCCAUCGAGGAGCCCCGCACAGUUCGCGAGCCAAACCUCGGCCACUAACGUGUUCGCCAACGACGGCAGCUUCAUGGAGCUUUUCAAGAAGAAGAUGGAGGAGGAGAAAAGGAAAAGAGAGGCGCAGCACGCAGGUGGAGAUGCGGGGCCCAACGAGCAAGGACAGACUUCAGGGGAAAAGAAGGCCCCUCCUGUGACGACCUUUGUGGGGAAGCGCAGAGGCGGUGUGUUCCUCAAGACCGGCAUGGUUGCAAAGAAGCAGAAACAGGACUCGGACGCUGACGGAGGCAAGAGCGAUGCCUGGUCAAAGUACAUGGCAGAGGUGAAAAAGUACAAAGACCACCAGUGUUGUGACGACGAUAAAACCAGACCUCUCGUCAAAUAGGACCCCCUGAUUUGGAGAGGACGCCCCUUUGGAAGACGCUCACUGAGAGCCUUCGUGAACUGUUAAAAAAAGACAUUUUUCCCUCUUUUUGUAUUGUUUUUGUCUAUUUUCGGGCUGUCAUGUUGGUUCAGAGACUCAGCUUUAUAAAAUAAAAUAAAAUGUGGCAUGAUUGAUUUGUUGCAAGAA